CAGUCACUUGGUGCUUGAAAGCAUUUCUCCCUUUUUGCAGGGCCCUCCAUUGUGACCCCUCCUAAGGACAUCUGGAAUGUCACGGGAGCGCAGAUCUACCUGAGCUGUGAAGUCAUAGGCAUCCCAACUCCUGUCCUCAUCUGGAACAAGAUAAUUCGGGGACAGUAUGGUGUCCAGAGGAUGGAGCUUCUGCCAGGUGAUCGGGAAAACUUGGCCAUCCAGACCCGAGGGGGCCCCGAGAAACACGAAGUAACUGGCUGGGUGCUUAUAUCUCCUCUGAGCAAAGAGGAUGCUGGAGAAUAUGAGUGUCAUGCAUCAAACGCCAAAGGAGAGGCAACAGCUUCUGCAAAAAUCCAUGUUGUGGAAACUCUGCAUGAAAUAGCCCUGACCAAAGAUGAUGGUGCAGAGCUGUGAUGUGAGGAGACUUUUACUUACGCACAGUUUUAAAUUAGCAUUUUGGAAAGCAGCAACUUCCGGCUUUUUCUAGCUCACUAAUCUCUUAACUCCCUUACUCCUUGAUUACCAAUUUGCUUGCACACUUUCAAAUACACAAAUAAAGAGACUCACAAGUUUGAUUACGAAUUUUAAUUCUAUUUACAGGUAAUAAACAUACUUCUGAACAGCA